GGGGCGCGGAGAAGCAGUUCAGCCAAGCGUGCAAAAACGGAACUGGGCGAGGAGAGACAGACAGACAGACACCAGACAUGGAGACGCGAAAACGGAGACGCAUGGAUGACCUGCGACGAGGAAAGUGAGGAGAGUUGAGCAGAAAGGCAGGAAUAACGGGACGAACUCGACUUCACGGUUUGAGAUGCGCCAAGAAUGCAAACUCCUGCGCUAAGGAUUCCUGGGAAAACUGCUCUUUAUCUCUCUCCCUCUGUCUUUCCAAGGUAACCUGAUAAGCGCUGUAGCCUCCUCCAGGCCUCCUGAACAGCUCCUGAAAAGUUUCCUUCAAACUUUUUCCAUGCAGUUCUUCAUUAUUAAGGAUUUGACUUGCUGAGCACUACCUUGUAGUGUGGAAUGUGGAGCACACUUGGAUUUCUCGGGCUACCAAAUGUAGACGAAAGCUGACUUUGCAAAUCCGUGAGCUGCAGGGGACCCCCAGCAUGGAGGCCCCAUGUGGCCCCCCUGCGCUCUUCUUCUCCUUCUCCUUCUUCAUCUUCACCUCACUCACGCUGGCUCUGAAUGGCCAGUUGGUCUGCUGGCAGGCCUUGCUGCAGUGCCAUCAUGAGCGAGAUUGCGAGCUGGCCUAUAAUCAGUACCUGACAGCGUGUGACGGAAACCUGAGGGGGACGAGGAGGCACUGUCCGAGCCACUGCGUCGGCGCACUAAUCCGCCUCAACCAGACGGCCAGCGGGCCAGGCUUGGAGACCUGUGACUGUGGCCAGGACAUGGAGUGCCGCAGGGCCAAGAACGCCAUUGAGCCAUGCCUGCCCAGAACUCACCCUGGCGGAAUGGGCUGCACUGAGGCCCGGCAGCGCUGUGAGGACAACCCCAGCUGCCGGACGUCCCUGACCGCCUACCUGUCCUCCUGCGGCCAGCUUUUCAACGGCAGGAAGUGCUCGACCCGCUGCAAGGCCACCAUCGAGGAGCUGCUGUUCAUGCCUGACGGCGUCAUGCUGGACAAGUGUAUAUGUGAUGGAGUAGAGAGGCCAUUUUGCGAGGUGGUCAAGGAGAACAUGGUCAGGCUGUGUUCCAUCGGCGACCAUGGAGUGCACACCGACCAAGACAGCCUGGACGACGCGUAUGAGGAUGAGGAUUACGAGGUUAAAGGAGAGCGGGAGAUGGAUGUUGACGCUGUGGUGCAAUAUUCGGGGGCCAAGCACUUCUCAAGCCAUAUAGUUCUGGUCUGGGGGUCACUCUUGUUGACUUUUCUUGGGGCUUGAGCACCUCCCUGGCUCUUCUGCGUGGUCAGAGCAAGCUAGAUGCCUAGGUGGCAUGCACUGGGCUCUGAAGCUGGACCAGAUGAAGUUUUGUUCAAAAAUACUGAGUGCUCCCAGAAGGGUAGUAAGGGUCUUAUGAAGGGGCUCUACGGAUAUGAGGUUAAAAAAGUACAAAAAUGAAUGAAUUUCAAUAGCAGGCUUCAAGAAAUUGAAUGUCUAAUUAUAUCAUGCGUGUCCAGUCUGGUAUGGAUCGUCUAGUAUGGAUUGCCUUUUUUAAAAGACUUAAGCUACAGGAACAGGAACCUUGUGUUCCACGCGUGAAGCUAAAACCUCAGACUCCUUUGUCACUGAAAUAUACCUUAAUGGAGAAUAUCUAGGUUUCUCAACCUAUAUGGUCGAUCACCAGGGACAGUAACGUCAGUUUUCCUAGCGCUUAGUAAAGAACAGAAAACAUGUUGGCUCAGACUUACUAAGUAUAGAAGCCAGUGGGUAGUUGCGAUGGCUGGAAUGGUUGGAGUUUCAAUUGUGUGUUAUACAAUCACAUAUUUCAAACAUUUGCUUGUGGAAUUCAGCAGGUGCCCAUUGGCUUCUGUUGUAAGUGCAUUUUGCGUCAACAGGUUUUCUGCUUUUUUUCGAGGUACAAGAAACGUGUCAAACUUAUUGUCUGUGGUAAUUGACCGUGUGCCACAGAUGCAGCAGAUAGGGACUGAUUUGAAAAUCAGUGAAGUACCCCUUUAAUCUUCAAGAUUUGUGGCAUUGAGAGAGGUUAGUUUGAUGAGAGACUAUGAAGAUGUAAACUGUUCUUUCCCUCCCACUCUCUGUCUCUCUCUCUCUCUCUCUCUCUCUCUCUCUCUCUCUCUCUCUCUCUCUCUCUCUCUCUCUCUCGGGUUGUUUCACCCCAUUGCUGCCUGAAGUGUGUCUUCUUCUUUUUUUUUUUUUUUUAAGUAAGACUUAAGACAAACUGAUCUUGUCUGGUGGGUGUUUGCAGACCUCUUGUUGCCCACACGCUCAUUGUGGUGACCAUUACACUUCAAAUAUUUGCAGUGGACGGCCAGAGAAAAGAGCAGGUUUUGGGAUCAAGUUGUUAAAUUAAGUGGAGAGGCUCUUCACAGGCUACUAAAUUGCACCCCCCCCCCUUUUUUUUUUC